AUUAUCAUUUGAGCGUGGCAACGACGACGACGGUAGCAGAAAGUGGUGCUCAAGUGGCCAAGGCCAAGUGAUUUCACUUCUCUUCGUACCGUACCGUAACCAGCAUUGUCGGCCAUUGUUCCGUGAUCCACGCAUCGUUUAGCGUAUCGAUCGCAGGUCGCGCACCUGGAGCAGCAAGUUCUGAAGGACGAACUAGACGACGACUUUGGACCGGUUUGCAGCACGUGGUGAAUCAAGGUUCAAGCGGUCAGGGAGGAAGGCUUUCGGGGUGCUGAGCCAACAAACAACAAAAUACAGUCAACAUCCUGCGGCCCCCAAAAAACACCACCUUUUCGGAGAAUAGUUUUAUCCACUGGUGCUAGACGACCACUCGGACGACGGAUAAAUAUUGUCCUUCGCGCUCCUCUCGUCGAGUUUCGUCACGAACCACCCGGAGCAACAAUCCGACCGCAGCGUUCCCGUCGAGAGGCGACGAAAGGCAUUUACCAUCAGAACAACCCCACGAGAGGGCGCCGAAGGGCCAGUGACAGAGAGAGAGAAGGAGAGAGAGAGAGAGAGUGAGAAACGUCCGGAAAAACCUCAACGCAAGUAGACGGCACCAACGCCCGGAACCCCGUGCCGUAGUGUGUGUUGUGAUAAGAAAGGAGCGACGAGUUCUACACCGUGUCUGCAUGUGUGUGCGUUCUGUGGGAAGCACAACAAAGGAGGGAAUUAAAAUUUAACCAUUUUUCCACGCCUAGAGGGUGGAAAGGGCUAGCGUGUGGCUCGCGUGUAGCUCGCGUGUGUUUCCACAUCCACAUCACCAUCGUCAUCAUCAACGGAGUCAUCAUCAGCCCCGGAGGAUGAAGAUUAGGCGACGAACGAACCGGAGCGCUGGUGUCAGUGUCUUUCAUCUGCUGCUCGUCACCAUGGCAGCGCUCGUGCGACAGUCCGGAGCGGAGGACUGCGGCCAGGAGGAGCUGGUGCAGUGCACAAAACCGCUGCAGCUUCUGUCCGCCACCUCGGAGCUAUCGUUCGUUACGAAAAAGGAGGAACUGGAUCAACUUUGCCCUGAUCUGGACGCGGGACUACAGUGUAUACGCAGCUUCGCGCGACGCUGCAUGAAUAUUCAUCAAAGGGCACACUUUAACAAACUCUACCACGGCACGAGUGAAGUGAUACAUGAGCUCUGCGAGGAAGGAACUUAUCAGGAAGACUUUCUUAGGCAUGCUCCGUGUAUGCGGCACGUGAAGAAGGAGUACGAGGUGUGUGCAACGCGCUACCAGAGCACCAUGUCCAAGAUUGGUCAGGCGGCUGCAGCCACGACGACAUCGACAACGUCCGCUGCCUUCCAGUACCACAUAGGUACGACGAUGGCGACACAUCCGGCCUACAGCAGUGACAGCAACCGCAAUGCUGGUGGUGGAUACUACCCCGGAGACGCUGGUCAGCAGCAGCAGCAGCAUCAUCACCACCAUCGGAAUCAUCACAACAACAACAACAACAGCAACAGUACGAAGCACGCCGAGGAUGCCGAGGAGGAGCGACUCAAAACGGUUUGCUGUGCCUUCCAGCGGUACAUGCAGUGUUCGGAGUUUACCGUGCGGCAGGCGUGCGGUGACCAGACGGCGCUUUUCACGCGCCGAUUCCUGGACAAGAUGUCGGACACGUUGAUGCGGAUGCACUGCGUCGAUUACACACCGGAAAGUGGCAAAUGCCGGGAUUACUUCAGCUCGAGCGCCCGGGCGGUGAUGGACGGUGGUGGUCGGCUGGUUUCGCUGGUCAGCAAUGUGCUUGUGGUGCUGGUGCUGCUGCUACUGCGGCUACAGUCGAGCACAUUUAUUUAAUCACCAGCGUCGAUCGCGGAUGAUCUUUAUGCACUGCACGGUUACCAUCAUCACCACGCACGGCGAGGUCAGCAGCAGCAACAGCAGCAACAGCAGCGACAGGAACGAUGACGGUUUGACGUCGAUGAGCCGGAAGUUCAAACACAGCAGGCACAGGAGGCAAUGCAGAUGCAUUUUACUAAUUAGGCAAGCGGCAAGCAAACACACCUCACCGACGGACGGACGGGAAUGGACGGAGCGGAACGAAGUGCAGGAAUUGGAUGAGAAAAAAGGGCUCACAAGGGACAACAACCGUGGUCCGCGCGUAUGAUGCGAUGUCGAUGCGCUAAAUGCAAAUGUAACGCCAGUCAUCGCCGGAAUGGGGCGAACCACUGACCUGGCUGACCACUGGCCAGACAGUGCUACAACACAGCAUACCAGGAACGAACAUACCAGGAACGAUGUUGAAUGUCGAGUGGGCCGAUGCGGGCAACGAAAAAUGUAACAGAACAGAAUAUCUUGUGUUCCCCUGUCCACUGUUCAGGAUACAGAAAUGGGAAGGAGGCGUGUGAGAAAUUAUGCGAAAAAAUGGUAGCUUUUUUUUCUGCCUCUCCCUCCUUUCAGGCCCUGUUUUCUGAUCCUUUCGGAUCCGUUUUUGUUAAGUUUCUCGUUUGUUAGAUUCAAGACCGAAGAAGACCGUUCCCCGUUCGAUGAAGAUCGCAAAACCGUGCUAACCGUUUAAAAGUGUUGCCACUAGAACGCUACUACUCCUCUCGGUGGAGGACAAUCUUAUAGUUGUAGGAAAACAAGAAAGAAGAAAGGAAGGAAGGAAGAAGAUGAAAAAGGAAUUUUCCUUAUGCUUCUGGCGCUGCGUUCUGUCGGCCUCCUCGUCGGAGCGUUCGUUAAGUUUUCGUUAUCUAGCCAAGCCAUCACUUAUUUAUUGUCAGCAAACGUUUGAACGAUUAACACUUUUCCCCCGUUUCACCUUUCUCACCUUUCUCUCUUGUGCCCUGUUGCAAAACUCCGCCUACCAACUAAUCUAACCACUUGUUCUAAUCUAAGCCUCUCGCCUCUUAUGCUUAAGAAAAGUUCGCUAAUGAUCGUUUGUUUUCUGGGCAGUGGCAACGUGGGCAAUGCGGGCAUCCGAUCCGAUUUGUUGAUCCUUCUCGAAAAUAGUAUAUGAAUGGGGAGAUGAUGGCGAUAAAGUGAGAGAGCUAGCGAGAGGAAGCGAGUAGUGAAGAUGAAGCGUGUGAAUAGGAACAGUACGAGAGGACUAAAUGUGUAAAGAAAAGUAUGUAAGGGAUAGAAGAGUGCAGGAAACGUAAACUAAAAAUUAACAUGGUAAGAGAUACGAGGCACAAGCAAGAGGAGAAAAAAAAACAAAAACACAAACAAAGACACACAAAAAAGUGCAAAAACAGAUGGAAUAAAGGAAGCAACAGGAACUGUACUUGUACACCACAACCG